AUGACGAUCCUUUCGAAAAGAAGAAUGUUUUUCUUUUCCUUGCUCGUUGUUACUUUUUGGGGUGCCUUUGCGCGCGCCGAAGAAACGACGAAUAACGUUCCGAGCGUCUCGACGUGUUUGUCGAUGCCAGACGUGAGCGCGUGUGCCAGUCCGACGUCAAACACGUGUAAAGCUUUGUUGAACACCUGGAACGACGCCGGGUGUUUCUGCGAUGGCGUGGAGACGGUGGAUAUUUCGGCGUACGCGAGCGCUUUGGAAGGCGCGAUGUUAGCGAAUGGCAUCGCGAAGCACGACGCGUCGACGGAUUCUGUUUGCGUGCAAGCGCUGGCAGAGCAAUCGUCAUUUGGUGCGCAAGAUGUUUUGAAAGCUCCAGCGUACGCGUACGCGGUGAAAACGUCUUCGACGUCGUACUCCGUACAUUGGGCGGCGAGCGAGAAGUACAAGGACGAGACCGUUUCCUUAUAUUCGGUCACGCCUUACAUUCCUGGUGCUGAUAAGAUGCCCAUUCGAUACACGUGGCCAUAUUAUGGCAUCUCAUCGACGUUAAAUAGUAGUGUCGCUUUUGGCGGCGCUUUAUCUACCUCAGUCGACUUGUCGGAUAUGGAGCAAACCGCGUCCAGUUUGGGAAGUGUCAUUGUUUUUCUAGUACACGCCGUCGUGAUCGAUGGUACUGGUACAAAAACAGUCUCUCCGAAUUUCGCGUCGGCUAAAUACGUCCCGGUUCUCGCCGGAAAUCCGAUUGUUGAGAUGUUUGCCUCGGCGACUUCAUCUGAUGUUUCUACGUCGUGCGGUACGUUCACGUCUCCGUGCGCGUCGUUGGCGGCAACGUUGGCGUCGACCUUGUUCAGAAACGCUGUGAGCAAGAAAGUGUCGUUGCUUCCCGGAACGUUCGCUUCGAGUUCGUGCGGUCUUUCGAUAACGUCUCUUGGACCAGUAGAGAUUUCUUCUCUCACUGGGUUGCCCGAUUCAACUACAAUCGACUGCGGAUACGAGAACCAUUUUGCCACGAUUUCCGGCGACGACGAUGCAGUCACCAUUUCUGGCGUGACUAUUCAAAACGGUCGCAGCGAAACCGGCGGCGGAUUAAAAAUCGCAAACUCGGCGACUUCUGAGCGCGUUCAGCUCUCUGAUGUUGUCGUGAAAGACUCCCUGGCAGAGAAUUUGGGUGGUGGUAUUCACGUUGUGAGCGCCUCUCCCAAGUUUGAUAACGUCGUCGUGCAAAACUGUUCGGGAGGUAACGACCGAACCGGGAACGCCAAUCGAGGCGGUGGUAUUUACAUCGAAACGAACUCGAAUGUCAUCGCGAACGAUUUGACCGUGAAAGGUUGCUCUCUGGAUGUUUCUGGAAAAGGUGGUGGUUUGAACGUCGACGAAUCUUCCAGCGGCGUUUUCACCAACGCCGUCAUUGAAAACAAUUCAGCAUUUUUCGCGGCUGGUAUUUUCAUCGGGAACAAUUGCAAGCCAAAGUUUAUAAACGCGAAGGUUUCCGGGAAUUCGGCGAGUUACGGAUCCGGCAUUGGUAUCUUUAAUGGUGGUGACGCCGAGUUUGUGGAUGGCACGAUUUCCAAGAAUACGCCAACGGCAAAUGCCGAAAGUUACGGUGGUGGUCUUCUCGUUUAUUCAGGCGCUAAAGGAACGUUUACCGGCGUUACCUUUACUGAAAACGAAGCAGAUUACGGUGCGGGAGUCAUGGCGUGGCCACAAGCAAUUUUACUCACGUUUGAUUCCUGCAUGUUUACGAAAAACGUCGCGAAAGUCAACGGAGGCGCCAUCAACGCCAAGACGGCGUCAACAAUUGUCACGUCCGCGCAGACAACUUUGGCCGGAAACGUUGCCCAAAAUCUCGGUGGUGCCAUUCAUGCUGAACCGUCAGCGUCAGUAACCCUUUCGUCUGAAACGACCGUCUAUAAAAAUACCGCCAAAAAUGGUGGUGGCGUGUCGUGCGUCGGCGCGGACAUCACCAUUAAUUCGGCUUCGAAAUUUGUUGAAAAUGUCGCUUCUUCAUAUGGUGGCGGUGUUUACCUCGAGUCAUCGUGUAAGACUACUGUGACCGCCGCGGUAUUUUCCGGGAACACUGCUGGCGGAAGCAACGAAACGGUAUGCCCGAGAGUUCGCGGCGCUGGUGGGGGCGCGUUCGCCGUCGUCGGAGUAUACGACGUCUCUUCCGUAUCUCAAGGCGCGACCAACUUGGAAAUCUCCCAAAACACCGUUAUGACGAAGAAUGCGGCCAUCGACGGCGGUGCAAUCUUUGUGUUGUCUUCCAGUGAUGCCGCGACGACGAGCUCUGCUUCUGGUUCCACCCCGUCUGUGUCUUUGUAUUCCGAAGGCGCGAUCGUUACCGUUCGAGAAGGCGCGACACUUCUCGAAAAUACAGCCUUUGGAUGUCACGGUCCUGGCGAAAAGCGCGGCGCUGGAGGCGGCAUUUACGCGAGCGUUGGUAUCGUCACAGCUAAGGAUGCCAUCUUCUCUAAAAACGUCGCCGCUACACACGGUGGAGGUAUUCGCGCCGUAGACAACGUGGCAUCUUUGAAGCUCGACGCAACGAUCAUGGCUGAAAACGUCGCCAGUGAUGGAUUUGGAGGUGCUAUUGCGAGCUCUGCAAUCGCGUUUCGAGUAGAAAACGGAAGUGUCAUGUCGAAAAACGAAGCUACUAAUGGUGGUGCGAUUUCCAUCGCGCCGCCGUCGGAAGAAAGCGGUGCUGACUCGGCACUCGAUUUCGAGCUCGCGUCUCUGACUCUCGACAGUAACGUAGCCUCCAAAGUAGGCGGCGGCGUUUAUUUCGACGCCAACUUUGCGAAAGCUUCGAUAACACCAACUACGAUGAAUACUUUAUCACAGUUGAUUUUUCGUUCGAACGUGGCGGAAUCUGGCCCGAGCGUCUACUGGACGCGAGCGUCUUCGCCGAACGUCGAGUUUACGUGCGAAAGCUGCAGCAACUUGCCAACCUUUCAUCCAGAAGAUUACGCAACGGAGGCGUUGAAAGUUCAAGCACCGGCGCAUGUCUUAGCCGAGCUCUCAAAAGGCGUCGGAUCGGGUGAAGUUGCCAAAUCGUUCUCGGUUGAACUCGUGGACUAUUACGGGCAUGUCGCGGUUUCUGAACCAGCGUCAUCAACGUGUACAAUAUCUACUGCUUCGCACGAAUUGGACGACAUCGCUAUCACGGAUUACGCUGGAGACCUUGGAAGGCUCGAAUUUUUGAAAAAUCACUCUCCUUUGGUCGUUUCCGGCGAACUCUCUGAAAAUUCUCAGAAAGGCGUUUCAACCUUUGACAAGGUGACAUUUCGGGGCGAGCUCGGUGACGUAUACCGCGUAUCAUUUUUAUGCAAACGCGAGAACGAUGUUCAAAUCGGCGACGAGUUGAUAUUGAACGCGCAAAUCUUAAACUGUCUUCCCGGGUACCAGCCUAAUUGGAUGAACUUAGAGAACGGCGAAAAAUCUGCGAGAAUAUGCAGUUAUUGCGAAGAUCGAACGUUCAAUCUGGAUGGAAUACAAUGCAAGCCGUGUCCUGAAGGUGGCGAUUGCCGCGGUGGGAGCGAUAUCUCCUCACUUGAAGGUUGGUGGCGCUCAAAUGACUUGUCCGAGUACAUCUUCCAGUGCCCCAUGGGUGCGGAAGCGUGCAAAGCGACUAACUCGACUGGCAACGUCGCAUGCGAGGACGCCUACGAAGGGCCGGUGUGCGCGUUGUGCAAAGAAGGUUUCCGAAAGUUAGGCGGCAAGUGUUUGAAGUGCCAAUCAAAACCCAUUACAGAUGCUAUUCCAGUUAUCGGAAUUUUAGCCUUGAUCGGGUUUAUAAUUUACAUUUUCAAGAAACCGCUCCAGGAAGCAGCCGGAACGGUACUCGCCACGUGCGUCAUUUACGUCUUUCAAACGCUCGGUUUGUUGUACUCCUACGACGUCAAAUGGCCUUCGCCUAUGAAGAGAACGUUGGGAAUACUCGACGUGACCAACUUAAACUUGGAUGCGUUAGCGCCGGGAUGUUCGAACGCCUCAAACACGUUUUACGUGUCAUACAUUGGAGCUUUGACCGUGCCGCCGAUCAUCUUGAUGCUUACUUUCGUCGCCUUUAACACCGCCGGUGUGAUUAGGAAGAUGAAUAGGAAUACAUUCCUCGGUUUGAAUAUCAACGACGAGAUAUUAAUCGAAUUCCAAGGUAAAUGUAAGCGUAACUGCGUUUGGAUGCUCGUUUUAACCUACGCUGGCGUCACCAAAACCGUCUUGCAGCUCUUCAACUCCAGAACUCUGGACGUUGGAACGUUCUUACGCGUGGAUUAUAAAAUCGAAGCCGAAGGUGCGACGUUCAACGCCUACCGAUCGUCCGCGUAUCUCGCGAUGAUUAUUUAUCCGUUCGGUCUACCGUUGUUUCUUGCAUGGAAGUUAUUGAAACGACGUCCGACCGGGAAAUUAUCGGAAUCCGAUUCCUUGCGUUCGACGUACGGUUUCAUGUACAAAUCCAAUCGCCCGGGAUGCGAAGGAUGGGAGCUCGUUUUGUUGGCGACCAAGUUCUUUUUAGCCGCCAUUCCAGUGUUUGCUACUGAAAGAAACUUGCGCGGCGAUCCGAAUUCCGGCUACGACGUCUCUUCUGAAUUCGCAUCGGCGUGUCAAAUCGCCAUGGCGCAAAUGCUCUGCGGCGUCGCUUUCUGUUUGGCAUUAUACGUCAAACCGUACGCUCAACCGUUGCAUAACCGCCAAUUCUCGUUGGCCAUAGGUACCGUCAUCUCCUGGUUGGCUGUUACGACUGCCGUCUUUGCUAACCCACAAGCGUUCACGAACACUGAAUCUAGCGGUGUCGGUGCCGGUUUGGUCAUCUUUUCUCUCGUCACUUUAGCCUACGCCAUAUCUGCGUCGGCCAAAGCCGGAGAAAAGCCUUUCGCUCGCGAGAAAAAAGACCCGGACGAACCGUCGUUUUGGAAAUCCCAAUCGAUGUUUUUAAAAUCGUUGAAAAGAACUGAUGUGCAAACGACGCAAAAAGGCACGUCAACCACUGAAGACAACGACGAGAAAGCUUCUUCUUUGAAGCCUCUCGCGGCCGAAGCCGCCUAA